AGUUGUGGAAGCUUUCUGCCUCCGAUUUGCCCAAGUGUCGUCACCGAUAAGGCGGGCGUAUUUAAUUGGUUCUUUUUUGUGCUAUUUUAUUAUUUCCGAGCGCUAGCGUUUAGUCGAAUUUUGUCCGAAGCUGCGUGCGGGCGUGAAUCUCUAAAGGCAACUUAUAUAAUUUCUUAUAGACCGAUCCAUAUAUCGUCGUUCGAAUUUCUUAAGAAUUAGGAAAAAGGAUUUUUACUGAAGUAACACUGGACGCACAACGGCAAAAUGAGUGAAGUUCCCAAUCCCACGCUGUGCACCGCGGCCUAUGAAUCCUCCAUAACUUCCGGAAUCUACCACAACAUAGCUACGAACUAUGCAGAUCAAAAUGUGGCAGUAUCACCACUUCUACUGGAAGCCACUCUAUCCCUUCUCUUCCUGGGAUCGGAUGGAACCACUGCCGAGGAGCUGCAGAAGCUGUUGCGACUGAAGCAACGCUUCCCCAGCAAUGCCAAGAUGGCCAACUUCUAUGCGGCGGAACUGGCUAAUAUCACAGGGGAUGCCGAUACCCGCCUGAAGUUACAGAACCGCCUGAUGCUCCAGCCAGUUUCGGGAUCUGAAAAUGGUAUUGCCGAUGAUUUCCAGAAGAUAUCCCAAACCUAUUUCCAUGCCACCGCCGAGUGUGUGGACCUGGGCCAAACGGAGAAGCUGCGUCGCCACAUCAACGAACAGAUCCUGGCCAGCGUCGGUGGAGGCAGCUGGCAGGAGAUCCAUGUAGAAGCCACUCCCACUGCCAAAACCCUUCUCCUGCUGGCGGCAAAUCUUCAGAGCAAGUGGUUCCUGCCCUUCAGUGCCUACAGAACCGGACUCUAUGAGUUCCACAGCGGCAGCCAGGUGAAAUCCGUGCCCAUGCUCUUCGACGACGAUAUGUUUGUGAAGUUCGCUGAACUAAGGGAUCUGGAUGCCCGGGCCAUAGAGUUGCCCUACGAACACGCCGAGGAGCUGUCCAUGCUGCUCAUCCUGCCCAACCAGCGCAACGGCCUCCAGGAUCUGGAGCAGCAGCUGCGCGACCUGGAUUUGGGUGCACUGCAGCAGCGCAUGCAGAUGGAGGGCGUCCAGGUGCUGCUGCCCAAAUUCAGCAUCGAUUUCGAGUGCAGUCUGCGGCAGCCCCUGAAACAGCUCGGCUUUGAGGAGAUAUUUGCGGCCUCGGCGAACUUUAAACAUUUGCAUCCAUCUGGCAGUCUGCCCGUGGUCGAUGUUCUCCAAAAGCUGCGUAUUAACUUGAACGAGUCUGGUUCUGGCCAAGAAUUGCCUCGUAUAGCAGCAGAUUAUAAACCCAUUGUGAUCAGCAAUUCCUCUCGACAGAAGUUCUUCCGAGCCGACCAUCCAUUUUUCUUUGCCAUUCGCAGUGAGAAGAUGACCUAUCUAAUGGGUCAUGUGGUUGAAUUUUAAUGCUCAAUUGGAAUUUUAGAAAUGUGUAGGGGUUGUGCAAUAUAAGUUAAAUAAAACUAAUACUUACUAAACUCAUAAACAAUAUGCUGCCGAA